UGACCUUUUUUUGUUGCAGAGCCAUCAUACUACUAUAUAUGCAUACACAAUCUCAAGAAAGCAUUUUGCAUCAUAAUUAACCAAGGGUUGGUCUGUAGCAUGAAGUUGUUGUUGUUUUUGACAUUGCUGAUCUCCACUCUGAGGGGAGGCGUCACAGAAAUAGUGGUGGAGAGGCUGGACAAAAGAUUCGAAGGAGUUUUGCCCGAACCCAAACAUGAAAUCGUAAGACAAAACCACACGGAAGUUCUGGAGAGAACGGAACGCUCCCACAAAGAUGGCGAACUGGUUGAAGUCAGGCACUUUUAUUUGUGGACAAGGAACACUCCUGCAAAUUCCUCCGAGAUUUUAGACCCGACAAAUCCAGAUAGCAUAAAUAACACUACGUUCACUGCACGGAAGACUUUCAUCAUCGUCCAUGGCUUCCUUGGUUGGGGCACAGAAGAUUGGAUCUUAUCUAUAAAGGACAAGCUGUUGAGCUUGGCUGACUGCAACGUCAUCGCUGUUGACUGGCCCGCAGGGACAUCCGUAGUUCAGUACUACAUCGUCGUUGGCAGAGUGGUCUACGUAGCACAAGACCUGGCCUUUUUGAUAAAUGUACUGAAGUCAAGAAAAGGUCUCAGUAUGGAUGAUGUUCACGCUGUUGGGCAUUCCCUAGGUGCUCACAUCACCGGUCUGGCAGCUAAAGCAGUCCCCGCUAAGUUUGGAAGGAUCACUGGAUUGGACCCGGCCGGUUUGACUUACCACAACACUGGCCCUGCUGAUAGGCUGGAUCAAGGAGACGCUUACUACGUUGACGUCAUGCAUACGAACGGUUGCGACGCCAAAUUGAAUCCUUGGUUUAGCUGUUACGGCAUCAAUGAGAAUCUCGGCCAUUCUGACUUUUGGCCCAACGGUGGGGAAUACCAGCCUGCUUGCCGCAGCAGUUCUGGGCUUGGAGGAGACCUUGGCUGUGACCACAUGAUGGCAUAUAGGUACUUCGAGGAGAGCAUUGAUUACGGCAUUGACGAUACUUUCUUCCUGGCUCGCAACUGCUCCAAUUGGGACACAUAUGCCUCUGGGAGCUGCCCCUGUAGUGAUGGUGCCCAGUAUAUGGGUUUUUACGCCAACAUGGAGAUGCCAGGAAUAUUUUAUCUGAACACGAGUGGCUCUGUUCCCUACGCUGUGAGGGAUGCCGUGUGUUCCCCGGGGAAAACAGUGACUGACGGCAUUGUCACCAUCGUGGCUUCGGCCAGUUCGGGGCUGGUCGUCGUCGUUCUCAUUGUCGCCGCGUUCCUGGUCAUGCGAAGACGCUCCGUGGGGGAAAUCAGCAGCGGACUUCUGAUCGAGGAAGAAGACGAUGUCAGGAUCAUCGGUGACGAAGUCCCUCUGCCUCCUUCGACAGACGACGACGAAGAGCUGUUGAUUCGCGAUGACAGCGUAACAGUGACGGUCAGAAGCUAGGGUGGGAUGAUAACGCUCAUCUCACAGUUGCAUUUUGUGGAUGCUAAGUCGUUUCGUGCAUUUCCGAGAUGUGGCUGCUGGUGUUAAGGUCUUUUAUGCUGAUAACUGGGGACUUCCUGCAUGGGAAGUGUUUUAGAAAGAUUCAGAAUAGAGGAAGGUGACAGAAGCUCAUUUGGUGUACAAUCGCCAGCGAGAGAUUUUUGCACUUUGUAGUUUGUUAGCUGGUUAGGGGUUUGGAUGUAUUUGCAAGUCGUAGUCAGUUCGAUGCCUUCAUAGAUGGCAUUUUAACGGGAGGUAGGAAAUGACUAGUUUGUGAAUUAAGCAGCUCAUAUUGGAAGUAAGACCAGCUACCAAAUAAGUUCUAAGUUUUCCCAGAUUGGGGGAAUUUCAUCUCGUAACUGGUAAUGAAAUCCUUAAUUAAACAACAUUUGGGCAAAACUCUGCCGGGGUUGUUUCCAGAGUGGUUUUAUAUUCAUUUUAUUUUUAGUAAUCGGAAACUUAAUCCAAUCUAGACAAGAUUUUAAGGAAACCAGCUGCCUUGCAAUUUUCCACUGUGCAAUGUUUGAAAAGUUGUGAUGAUUUCCGAUGGUAAUGAAUAAAGAAUGGAGUCUCAGUUUAAACGAUAGAAUCUCUACCGAGCUUUAACUCAUAUUGAUGAUCUAUUCAUGCCACUUCUAAGUGUUCUGGCAUUGCAAUUUAUUAGGUUUUUCCAGUGCAGUAUUAGGUAUUGUAGAAGCUUUAAGCUUUCCAAAGUAAAGACUACGUAGUUUAAUCAUACCACAGGGAGUAAAAUCGAUUCUCAUAGAUCCUAGGCGCUUUAUUUUUUUUAUUUUUAUGGAAGUAGGAACUUUGUUAUGAUAUACGAGACCACAGGGUAAAUAUCUCAUUUCCUGUGUCUUUUAAAAUAGAUACAUGCUUUUCCUUCAAGGUUUUGGCCAAUUAGGCACCAAAAUAUAGUACUAGCUACAAAGCUCGUGCAGCUAUUCAGCGCAUCGCCUCGUGUAGGGCUGAUGAGCGUGAAUGCGUCUUUCUGCUUGAAUGAGAGCUUCGAUUUGAAAAA